UGCUCAUUGGAAUUUGAGAGAAUUGUUUAGAUUUGUUAAUACACCUUAACGUGAAGAAUUGAUUGUUUUUAGAGUUAAUUAUGUACAGGUGUUUCAAGAUCAUUUUCUUACCUAUCACUUUCAUAGUCUGCACGUGGUACUAGAACAACUUAAUCAGCAUGGACUUUGUUGAAGUUUUUGUUAUUUUUCUAUUUAAUAUUCCAUUUAUAAAAGGUGUAGAAUCCCUUGAACCAAACGAGCCGAGUUUUGAUGUCCCAUUAUUCAACAUUACAGCAAAAGCCGGAGACACAGCCAUUUUACCAUGUUCUGUACAACAGUUAGGUAACCACUGGGUAGCAUGGUUAGACCCAAGAGAAAAAGUUUUGACAGCAAGAGACCAGCGCAUUAUAUCAGAUGCGCGGAUAAGUGUAGAACGACCGUUUAAAGAUGACUGGAACUUAUACAUCAGGGAUGUUGAACAUUCUGAUGCUGGAAAAUACAUGUGUCAAAUAAACACUCAUCCAGUAAAAAUUAAAUAUGUUAUGUUAUAUGUACAUGAACCUCCAAGGAUUAUUGAGGAAUCAUCAACUAGUAAGAAAACAGCAAAAGAAGGUGAUACAGUGCAACUGUUUUGUAAUGCAACAGGAAUUCCGGAACCAACCGUAACGUGGUACAGACGUAGGUCUGAUAUAAAUCAUCCAGCAAAAGAAGUUGUUGGUCAGAAUGGAGAAGUUCUAAUAAUAUAUAACAUAUCCCGCUACUGUGAAGAUUUAUAUGAAUGUGUAGCAGUGAAUGGUAUACAACCAGCAGCAAGUAAAGAAAUUAAAGUUGUAGUGGAGUUUUCACCAGAGAUAUACUUAGUUCCAAAAAGAAUAAGUCAAGCAAUAGGAAAAGAGACUAUACUUGAUUGUCGUAUUACUGCUAAUCCACACAUAUAUAGUGCUUGGGUGAGGCAUGAACAAGAGAUAGAAAAUAAUUAUAAAUAUCAAAUUGAGCUAUAUACAGAGGAUAACAAAAACACAAUAACAUUAAGUCUGAGAAUAAAAAUGAUAGGACAUGAAGAUUUUGGAAAGUACAUAUGUAGAGCGUCAAACAAAUUAGGAAAAGAUGAAGAACUCGUCAUUUUAUCUGAAUUAGUGGUCAGAACAGAAGCACCUAGUACAACGGCAGAUAAAUUUAUUCAACCAACUACUAGACAUAAUUAUAUUGAUCCACAUGACCCAUCAUGGAAAGGUGGCCACGAAGACCAGUACUUCCCUCCAUGGUCUCAUGGAUACCAAAACUCCCCUGAAACAUAUGGUAGAAAUAAUGAUCGGACACAGGAGACUGGUACACCAAACGGAUCAACUAUUCCAACCAAGAAUGUAAUUCAUGUCCUGAUUCUGUCCACUGUACUAUGGUUGUGUUAUUCUUUUUGAUAAAAGUAAAUACAGACAAUGUGAUAGUGUUUAUGACCGAUAGGAUAUUUGUCAUGCUCAUGUGUAAAUUUAUUCAGACAUGAAACUGAUGCCAAAAAAAGUUGAGGUAUAUAAGUGGUACGCAACAACAUGGAUUUUGUAAACACUUUUCUGAAAUGUAACUUUUAUAAAGGUGUUUUAAAAUUACAUUACGAAAUUAUGUAUCAUCUUUUAUCAGCCAACUUAGUUCAAUUUCAAAAAUAAAGAUAAACUAACAAAAUAUCGAUGACAUUCAACGAGUAAAAAAAUAUACCUUAUCCUAACUUUGUCUGAAAAAAUCAGAAUAACUUUAAUGGUUUAUUAGGGCGCACAUGUUUCAUUAAGGUAAAUCAUAAGUAUAUACUUUUUGUGACAGAAUUUUCUUACAAUUUGCCCAAAUGAAGAUUUUACUAUGCUUUUUUCAAAAAUAUAAUAAAAACAAUACGUCUUCGUGCUAUUUUUCAAGGUAUGAGUUGUCGAAAAAGGCAUAAAUUCGCUUACAAUGUUAAUAAAAAAACACGUGCAUAAUUGUUUUUUUUUCUAUGAGAUAGAAUUUGAUAUAGAUUGUGAGAAUAUCGGUUUAAUUAUAUGUUUUAAGAAUAAAUAAAAUAAAAAAAGUGCCAGGGAACUUUUUUUCUUGCAAAAGUAAAAAUAACAAAUUUUCCUAUUACUCUAAAUGGCCUAUUUGAAAGUUGUUCAGCUUUGAUUUAUACAAACAUUACCCAUAUGUUUUACUUUUUGACAAAGUUCAAACUAUGUUUCGGAACAGUUCCUUUUUGAAAUGUUAGCUAUUUUUUCUUAUAUAGUAUGUACUUUAGGACUGGGCUUACAUUUGUUUCUUUAUCUUAAACAAACUUUAUAAAAUUAAGAAUGGGAAUGGGGAAUUCGUCAAAGAGACAACAGCUCGACCGUAUGUUUAUGUCUAAAUAUGCAAUACAAUUGAGAAUGGAAGUGCAAGCGAAAAAAUGAUGUAAAAUUGUUUGAUUCAGCUAUACCCAUACGGUUAAACAUCUUUAGUUUAACAAACCCUCUUGAAUUAAGUCAUACCAAUAUAAAAAUGAUGCAGUAGACUGUUUCCUAAACGUAAGUUUUAGUUACAAAUAAAAAUAUUGAAAAGUGUCUCAAAAGUUCCACCUUUUGUUGUUUUCUAAUUCAAUAUUUCAUGGUUUAUGGGAUUAAUUUUGAUCUCUUGCUCAAUAUUUGGUAUAAAAAAAUUCUAAAUUGAAAUAUUAUUAAAACUGAAUCAUUAAGCAUUGAAUUGAUGUAGAGAUAAUAGAAACAAAUUAAAAUUAUUUGAGAUUUUUGUGUGAAUUUUUAAUAUUGUUGCUUAAAAAGUUUUUGCAAUUAAGUGUGUUUUAGUCCUAUGCAACUGUAAAUAAGGGAUACCUUUUAACUUGCAUGAUCAUAAGUACAUGAUAAAGCGAAUAGAAGGGAACAUCAGGAAAAGUUAAACUUUGGUGUGAACAUAAAUCUGUGUAUGCAUGAAUAUAUUCUAUAAAGAAUGAUAGUAAGUUAUGAGUGUGUGCGAGAGAAAGAGAGAAAGUGAUUUGCCGUUGCCAAUCAAUUCGAAAUAACCAUCAUU